AUGUGGAUAAUCAAAAAAAUACGCAUGUUCGGAUUAGAGUAUUGUGAUCUGCCAACAAUGGUUUGGAACGUAGGAGUGAUGCUCAGAGUUUUCACUCUCAAUGUAGAUCCUCGGCAUACAAAACGUACCCCUAUUUUCAUCUACAUAACGACUUUCAUAUCAGUCUGUUCGUAUUACUAUGCGUACUUCUUCUCGACAAUCUGGUUCGUGUUCGUCAGAAGCAGGGAGAAUAAAGAUCUGGUAGCCGGUAUGGUGGCGUUUUCUAUAUCGCUGUGUAGUGAAAUCGGCCCCACUAAACUGGUCUUCUUAGCUAUGAACAGAAAAGAAAUAAAAACCUUAGUUGGAGAGUGUCUGGAACUUAACUCGCACGUAAUUCCUGGAAGCCGUUUUCAUGAGAACCUAUUGAAAAAAAUGAGAAUUGUGAAAAAAAGAUGUAUUUUUUUCGGCAUCAUGAUGACUAUCAACGGGGGCGUGUACAUAUUUCGCCACCUCCUGUCGCCCGGACGACGACCUUUAGAAGAAAACUAUCCUUACUACGGAUUAGAGCCUCCUUUAGAAACCCCAUACUACGAGAUCAGCUACAUUCUGGGUACAAUAUCAACAGUUUACAUGAUCCACCUUACCACUCACGUAACUGGCCUGCUUUUGACAUUAAGCGGCUAUAUAGAAUCACAAAUGCUUGCUCUUGCCGAAGAAUUUCAAGAACUUUGGAUUGACGCAGAUAAACACUACCGGGAACUCGUUUCAACAAACGAUUGUUUGAUAGCAAAAAAUCAAAAUACAAUCAAAAAUGAAUACAUUAAAAAACAAUUACAGUACAUAAUAAACAUACAUACAGCGAAUAUACAAAUUUUACAUCAAACGGAACACGCGUUCAGAGGUGCUCUAGCAGCCGAAUUCGUGCUUCUGAUAUUAAGCCUGAUAGCUGAACUACUUGGUGGCUUGGAGAACACAUACAUACAAAUACCCUAUGGCUUCGCUUUAGUAGGAAUGGACUGUCUCGCGGGACAGAGAGUUUUAGAUGCGGGCAUGGCGUUUGAAAAGGCAGUUUACGACAGUAAAUGGGAAAAUUUUAAUGCUGAAAACAUGAAGAUUGUAUGGAUGAUACUUAUAAAUUCUCAAAAGCCAUUAAAUUUAUCGGCCGGCGGUCUGGCAAUGUUAAAUUUGAGAAUCUUGAUGACUGUUCUUCGGUCUAUAUAUUCCGCCUAUACUGCUUUAAGUUCUCAUCUUAAUCACAUUUGUCAGAGCAAUUACAAUAUUUUUUCUACAAUGUUCCAAAGAGCCUGGCAGUACCUGCGGAGAUUUGGGAUGGACUACUGUGAUUUGCCAACCACCAUCUGGAACCUUUCUUUCUUACUUAGAAUAAUUACCAUCAAUGUUGACAGCAGGAACAAGAGUCGCAUCAAUUUUUUCUGCUACCUGCUGACAGCGGUGUCAGGCCUGAGUUACUUCUACGUUUUCUUCUUCUCCUUGAUACAGUCCGUGAUCUGGCACUGCCGCCAGACUGGCAACUAUGAGGCGGCCGUCUGUGUGUUAUCUCUACUGAUUGCUACCGAAAUCGGCACCUUUAAAUUACUUUAUACACUCUUCCAAUGUGACGCUAUAAGGGAAACAAUUGACAGUUACAUCGCCCUCGAUGCAGAAAUUGCGCUAGGAAGUCGCUUAUCUAAGAAUAUACUAGGCACAAUGAAACAAGUGAAAUGGCGUGCGUUUUUAUACUGGUUGAGUAUUAUAGGCAAUGGGGUAUUUUACGUUGUAAUGCCUCUCGCCAAAUCCGGACGCCGAUUCAUGGAUGACCUGUUUACUGUCUAUGGUUUGGAACCAAUGAAUGAAUCGCCCAACUACGAAAUAGGUUAUCUGCUUGUAUCAUUCAGCUGCUUUUUCAUUUGUUACCCGUCUGCUACUGUGACAGGAUUGGUGAUCAUUAUUUCUGGAUACACAGAAGCUCAGAUGCGAGGACUCAGUGAAGAAUUAUUAUACAUUUGGAACGAUGCAGAAAAAUAUUAUGAAGAACAAAAAAUCUCUAAAGAUACGCCAGCCAGUUUUAACGAUUGUGAUGAAAUAAUUAUAAAAAAUACAUACAUUAGAAAUCGUCUCAAUGUAAUAGUGGAUAUACACGUUAAGAAUUUGAAAUUAUACGGCGGUAUAGAAAAAAUUUUUAGAUUUUCUAUUAUUGUAGAAUUCGUACUGCUAGGCAUUGCGAUGGUGUCGCAUCUGCUUGGUGGUUUAGAAAACACAUAUACAGCAUUACCAUUCCCCUUCAUACAAGUUAUGAUGGACUGCGUGGUCGGUCAGCGACUCAUAGACGCUAGCAUCAUGCUUGAAGAGGCAGUGUAUGACAGCAAGUGGGAACAUUUCGAUGUUACAAAUAGAAAGACAAUUCUAAUGAUCCUACAAAACUCACAAAGGUCGAUAACGUUGUCGGCCGGUGGCAUCGUACCACUGAAUUUUCAAUUCUUAAUGACCAUCAUCAGGAUGAUUUAUUCUGCUUAUACGACUCUAAGGUCUACGAUGAACUUUUAAUAGACCUGUUUUUACUAACAAAAUGUAGAUACUGUAACUGGUGUGUAGUAUGAAAUUAUUUGUUUGGCUAUGAAGUAGUUGGGGGCCUUGAGAAAAUCAUGGUCACUAAAAUGUCCAGAUAGGUGGUGGACCGGGUUAUUGAGUUCCCUAAAAUAUGAUUUUAGCGCAAUGACGGCUGGCUCACCCGUCAUACUCGUGAACAGGCUGUAGGGACUGGUCUGCUCUAGUCACUGCAACCGAUUUAUUUUAAUGAUUUAUUUUAAUUAAACAAUCUAAUACUG